UGUAAAGUAACUCUCCAUUGCCGUUAUCUUCCGCACAUAAUCGACAAAUUGUUGAAUCAUAAAGGCGUACUUCUGCCAUGAUCCUAACGGAACUGUUUGCCUACGACUAACAUCGAUUUUAUCCUAACCAAACUGACCAGAUGUAAUAUUAUUAAACAAUGGAAAAGGAAGAAAAUAUAGUUGAAGAAAAUGGAUUUUAUACCGCAGCUGCCGAAUACUGGGAACAUAUUCCACCGACGGUGGAUGGAAUGCUGGGUGGCUUUGGAUUUAUUUCUCAAAUUGAUAUAAAGGGUUCCACAAGAUUUUUGAAAUCUUUAUUCGAAUUAAAAACUCCACCAUCUAGAACAUACGCGCUAGAUUGCGGCGCGGGCAUAGGAAGGAUAACGAAAAAUCUAUUAUUAAAUCACUUCAAACAUGUUGAUUUAGUGGAACAAAAUUCAAAAUUUGUAGAAGUUGCAAAAACGUGUUUAAAAAAUUAUUCUACAAGAAUUGGCAACUAUUAUUCUAUUGGACUGCAAGAUUUUUGCUUUACCACUAAGAAGUAUGAUGUCGUAUGGUGUCAGUGGGUUUUGGGCCAUUUAAAGAAGGAUCAUUUAAUAGAAUUUCUAAAGAAGUGUUCGAUGGGUCUAAAAUCCGAUGGUUUAAUCGUGAUCAAGGAAAAUGUAACAACUUCUACAAGCUUAGAAAUUGAUACAAAGGAUUCAUCUGUGACAAGACCUCUGUCUGAAUUUUACAGCAUAUUUGAGGAAUCUGACUUAAUGUGCAUCAAAGAAGAACAACAACAUAAAUUUCCACGUGGAUUAUACCCAGUUUAUAUGUUUGCUUUGAAACCCAUUAAUAAAUCUUGAAUUUGUUAAAAAUAUUAAAUAAAUUAUUUUACGAUU